AUGAGUGCACCGAGCGAGACGGAAUUUGACCUCAAUUCACUGCGUGUGGUCGAUCUGAAAAAGAUCCUGCACAAACGCGGCGUCUCCAUUCCCAGAAGUGCUCGUAAGGCAGAUCUUAUCGAGCUGCUUAAAGCCCAAACAAGGACUGUUGAGAGCGGGAAAACAGAAGAAAAGACGCAGCAAAGCGAAGGAAGCGAGGAUGAGACUGAAAUAAGCUCUGGGGCAGAGGAGGAGCGGAAAACUGGGGAUACAGAGCUUUCCCAGCCGGAAUACAAACCCACCACUUCUCAUGUUUCCAGUUCGAAAAUACCCCCACCAAAAGUGACCAAGCCGCUGGCCAAGAUUCCCAAGCCCAAGCGUGUUUCGAACUUGCCACAGACGAGAACUAGUCCUCCAGCCAAAGGAAAGCUCAAGAGCCUGGUGGGACAAAGUGUUCCGCAGAAACGUAGCCUGGAAGACGCUAACGACGACGCGGACGCUACGGUGCACAAAGAGUACUCGAAGAUUUUAAAGAAGCAGACAAACCACAAACGCGUGUUCUCGUCUUCGGCACCUACCACGCCUAAUAACUCAACCAUUGUGUCUCCGAAGAAAGAGACCGUGUCUGCGAAAAAAGAGACCGUGUCUCCGAAGAAAGAGACCGAUGUCAAGGCGGAAUCAAGUCCGAAGAUAGACCAGAAGUCAAGCUUCAAAGACGAGCACGGGAUGCCGUCUAAGGAAGACAAUCAGGAAGAAAGUACUGUGAUUAUCCACCCCAAGAAGGAAGUGUCUCGAACACCACCUCCUGCAGAUACGCACCACGACCAAUCAUUUGUGGUACCUACUCUACUCUCUUCGACGCCGAUGGUAUUCAACAGCCCGCGAAAACCAAUUCCUCCGCUUGAUGUUUCCGAUUUUGCUGCGCAGCUCGAAAAACUCUCCGGCCCCACAAAGCCCAUAGCCUUGGAUGGAUCAGAGGAAAAGAAGUCGUCAAAGCCAGAAUCGCCAGAUAGCACUAAUGACGAGGAGAUGCUGACCCAGUUGCAACAUGAGAUAGAUGUCACCCAAGAACAGAUAGAGGAGAAAUCGAAACAGGCUUUGAAGUCGAUCGGGGCACCUCCGCCGUCUAAUCUUGUCUACAGACUGGUGACUGCUUGGCUUUUGACUCUGAGUCUGAUGUACGCAUUUACGUCAUACCGUGAACAACGGAUAAGAGUUGGGUUUUGUGGCUCUGAAGUAUACAGUCCGCUGUUUGAGUACGACAGAAGAGCUCAUCCGAUAAUUUCUCAUUACUUGGACAAAAUUGAGAGCAUAUUCACUCUGUCCUGCGUUCCAUGUCCCGAGCACGGACAAUGCUUCCCAUAUUCGAGAUUAUACUGCGAUCCCGAUUACACCAUUCACAAACCGUUAAAGUCGUUAUUUGGGGUGAUCCCAACAUAUCAGACCUGCGUUCUGGACUCCGUGAAAGUGAAAAAAAUCGACAAGAUGGUAAAAGUGGCCACCGACCUGCUAAAUCGGCGAAACGCCGAGUACAAGUGCGGUAGAGGCGAAGACCACGAGGUUGGGAUGACAAUACCGCAUUUGCAAAACUACAUCAUCGAGACUUUUGAUUUGAAAGACGACGAUUUCGACUAUUUGUGGGAAAAGACAUUUGCUGUGCUCAAACAGCGUCCGGAACUCGUUAUUGGAGAAAACUUCAUUCGGUCUAAUUCGCUGUCAAAACUGUCAAUCAAAUGCAGACUCAUUAGGAUGUUCAUGGACGUGUUUGUCCGUCUUAAAUGGCAUUUGCUUGCCCUGGUGCUUUUUGCUUCCUUGAUAAAAUACAUCAGUGUCAAGUUCACCCAAUACAGGAACAAACGGAUUCUGGUAAACGACCUCACAACGAAAACCAUUGAAAAGCUACGCAAACAGGCCGAGCUGUAUCGAUUAGGCCAGUCGCCCCAGCCUUACAUUGGCAAGAUCCAGCUUCGUGAUUACUAUCUAAUAGACGCAUCCCUGAGCACAAAACAGAAAGCCAAGGUCUGGAACGAGGUCAGCAAACAUGUGGAGACCAACUCCAAUGUGAAAACCUACAUGACAGAGGUGCGAGGCGAGAUGUUCAAGGUUUGGGAAUGGAUAGCCACCAUCUGA